GUUCUAUGUGGAAAUUGCAUGUGAGUUUGCGAGCAUUACAGGGGUGGGGGGGAUUGUUGCAGUAUGAGUCGGUGUAUUCAACUGCUGCUGGUGGAGCAGUCAGCUUAGAUGUAGACACAGUGGCAGUUUAAUCAGACCUUGACCACAUUUAUUUAGAGAUUUUUAAUCUCAAUGAGGUUUUCUCCUGGUUAAAUAAAAGUUAAAUAAAAUAAAUAAAUGUAUUUAAACAAGAGCAAAAAGCCAUUCUGAAAGCGUCCCCUAUCGAGAGGAUAUUUUUGCAUGUCUCCCAAGAGGCUUCAGCAUGUAUUUUAGCCACGGAUAAGCGUCCCGUUCAUUAACUAUGGCAGCGCUAGCCUGUAUAGCUCAGGUUAGUACUGGAGUGGCGCAUGUCUACUCACUCAUUAGCAUUAAGGUCAACUCAAUCAUUAUACCAGAUUAGGUCCUAUGUUGACCAUUUCUAUGUUAUUCUUUUUUAAAAACUGACAGCAAAUAUCUCCUGUUGUGAAGUGAACAUGUGAACAACUAACUCACAAAAUUUUCUAAAAAUCUUAAUGAGUGCAUAUGUGAAACAUCUAAAUAGUACUCUUUUAACCAGAGAAAUUAUUUUUCCUCCUCAAGUAUUACUACUAUGUACUAUACGGUAUUUUCCCUCGUGUACCCUUCAUGUAAAGCUACAACACAACCCACAUUUUAGGAAUCUCUCAUUUAAACCAAAGAGUUCAAGGAGGCGUCUUCCCACAUAAAUCAUUUAAUAGCAGACACACGUCAGCAGGCUUAAAUGUGUGUUAUGAACCUCGAAUAUGAUUUUCCACAUAGUGCUGUGUUCAAAGAAUCCGACUGUCUGACAUUCUUCCGAUGCAAUCAGACCGUCAGUCACCAACUUGUGAGCAUCACCGUGCUUAUCAGACAGACUGCUGACUGAGGAGGUGCUGAAAUGAUUAUAGAUGAAGGCAGUCAGGCAUCUCCCUUGGUUGUUCAAAAGGAUCAGAAGAAAUAACAACAACGAGGUGAUCAUUUUCUACCGUCACAGGGACGCGCUUUUGUUAUGAGAAGACGACAAUGAUAACCACCUACCAAUUUAACUAGAUGGAACACCUGCCAAUAAGCCCAGCGGAUACUUUCAGAAGUUAUGACUAAUGUUUGACAGUGUUUUUGAUGCAAUGCAUUGAAUGUAAGUCUGAGGCUGGUGUGAGUGCAUGUUCACCAGUGAAACAGGUUAAGAUAAACAGCGACCAGUCCUUCCUGUCUUGAGAAGGCAUCUCACAGAAACCUUAGUUCCUUUCUUAUUUAUCAGAUUUUUGGGUUUCACUCUCUUUGAUUUUAUCUUCACCAUAGAUGAUCAGAUACUUGUUUCCCCUUCAAAAGGAAUAAAAUAAAAACAGGUUGUGGUGCCUGCAGAAUUAAAGGAACCUCAGGUUUCAAUUAACUUGAUGCCAUCAGUGCUUUGACACAGUGACAGGCUAUUUUUAUGUUUAUAUUAGAGGAAAGUUAAUUUAAAAAGUAAAGAUUUACCAUGCUGCAAAUGCUUAAAUAGUGUGUUUACAAAUUUUCCAUAUUGAUUAGCAUGUUUUGAAAAUGUAGUAAAAAAAAAAAAACAUUUAUACAAAUCAAAAAUUAACUGUAUACAGCCCUGCUGGCAUAAUGCACAGAUUUGCUGAGCUUUAAAGUUUCAAAGCUAUACAGAUUUGAUAUUUCACUGCCAGUUCCACACAGAGUCUGAUCUGACUUUUUUGAUGUUCCAGACAUAUGCAUAAACCUAGUACAAAAAUUUAGGAAAUGUCCUUACAUCUCAUAGAUUUUCAUAACAUUCUCAGGUAGAAGAUGAUGAUGAUUAAAAAGAAUCAGACAACUCAACAGAGCCAGCACUUUCUUUACUACAGCCCUUGUGUUUACUGUGACAAAAGUUAAUAACAAUCCUGACUAAUUUGCACAACAAUGUUUCAAUUUGCAAAUGAAACAUUGCAUUAAAAAACAGUGAACAAGUGUAAAAUCUUAAAGCUGUCCUGCUAAUUGUGCUUAUUUUACAUAAAACAUUACCAAGGUUUCACUCACUGAAAAGGCUGGAAAAAAAUAUUUUAAAGCUCUGUAAGUACUAAAAUCACACUGGAAGACCAUUUUUUUGCAAAAUUUGGACACAAAAUCUCUCUGACACCACAGACUUCAGUGGCUGAGGGCUGAAUUGACAAAUAGGUAACUUUGAUUCUUGGUAUAUAUAAAAUAGAGAAGAUUUUUUAAAAAACAAAUCAACGCCAAACGCCCAAUGCCCAGACCAAAUCUAUUUUGUUGCUUACGGAACAAAAUGUGAAAUCAUGCUGUAAAAUUGGGACUCCUUUUGGAUUUCCUCCCUCUUGAAUUGAGCCUCAAGUGAAAAUCUGAGCUUCAGUUUUUAACAUCUCCAAGAAUUCUUCCUUUUUCUUUUGUUGCAGGAUGUUCUAACAUUUAUGAAAUGAAGCAAAAGAAAGACUGAUUUCAUUGUUCAGUGGAGCUUAAGUGUCAUUAAAAUGAAAACAUCAUUUUUGUUUUGCAUGCAAGAUCUAACAACCAUUCCACCAAACAUUGGGAGUUUACUGAGUUUUACCUGACUGCCUCAUUUGUUUUUUUGUUUGCUGCCUCGGCUGGUCACACUGAGGUAUCAGAACUUGAUGAAGACUUUUUAUCAUUAAAAUCUAAUCAAGACGGAACAUCCUAAAGUAGUACCAGGAACAUUAUAAUCCCAUUGAUAUGGCAUCUUUUUCAGGUCCACAGUCCUAGAGUACAAAAAUUGUAACUUGUGUAAUUCUAAUAAAAUUGAAAAUACAGUAUUUUUCUGAUCUUUCUCACUGUUGUUCUUCCCAUGACAUUUCUAAGAAAUACUAUCGACAUGGCACUGUGCGUUUUGUUGACUUUGUAUUUUUCUUUUGAAUCUCUGGAAAGAGAGUAGCUAUAUAUAAGGCAGAUGGGUUAAUAACACUUAAUAGGAAAACAAAUAAAGUCUUUAUUAAAAUAAUUAUUAGACAUUAAUCAUUUGCAACUCCAAUUAAAACACAUGGCUGAUGUUGGGCCAAAACCUGUCCAAAAUCCCCACUUUUCAGGGAAUUAAAAAAUUGCUGUAUUUUUCUUUCUUUUUUUUUUUUUAAUCAAAAUGGUCAUAGUCAGCAUGUUUUUUAAAUUUGUUACAAUCCACUGACUGAUUCUAAGGGGGACUAAGAGCUCUGAUUUGUGAAAAAAUAUUAAAAUCUUUAGAAAUGGAGACACAAGGUUUCGUCACCAACAUAUAAAAAGUUCUCUGCACUCUUAAUCUUUUAUGAUUUUGUAGAGAAAAUUCCUAUUCUACAGAUUAACACCAUCCUAGGUUGAAUGAUAACUAGACAAUCCGCCCUCGGUCUCUACUUGUUCUGUUUCAAAAGUUAAUAAAAAGUUUUGAUGCCAUUUGGAACAUAUCCUUUCUGGGUUUUUUUUGUCACUAUUAUCUUGAAAUCUACCUGUAAUCAUAUCUUCCUUUAAAUUAUCAACAUAUGUGUGCAAUUGCAAUUAAUCAAUUGCAAAACCUUUUAUUAAUUAUACACCACUAAUACUUAGGCUAUAUUUUAUAAAUAUUAAAUAACAUAGGCUUGAGGAUCUUUCCUAAAAGUCUGUGUGGAUUAAAAUACCCUAAGCUAUCUUAGAAAUGCCUUGUGUUAAAACUUUGGCCACAUGUUUCACUGAGGUGAAAUUGUCGCUGGUAUGUGCCAUUUCUGUCACUGCUGUGAGUGAAGGUUUUAAAAGAGAGCUGCACACAGCUUUCCUCUAUUGAAAUGAAUUAUUUGAAACCAUAUGUAUGUUUGGGUCUCUGGACUAAACUAUGAACAAAAAAAAUUUAAACAGCUAAAGGUGAAAAUGUUAAACCUGAGACUAUUCAAAGAAUGCAUUUUCUUUGAUAAAGCAUAAAAUGUAGAAUCACGAGUUCUACCUGAAAAAGGUGGAUAAACCCCUACCCACCCGUCACCACACCCAUGCCGAUGGAGAGACUGCAAAGAGGAGUAGGGGGGAAACCUGCUGGCCGCAUUCUUCUCUUUCACUGCUCCUCCUGGCCCAUCCCACUCUGCUGUGUGUGGCGCCUAUAUAACAAGGGAGGCCAAAGUGAGACCUACAACUGCAGAUCCACUCCAGUUAUCCUACCUGGUCAACAUCCAGACCUCCAGCAUGUCUUUCAGCAGCAGAUCCUACGGUCAGAAGACCAUGAGCGUCUAUGGUGGAGCAGGCGGCCACGGCACCCGCAUCUCUACCUCCCAGAUGAACUAUGGUGCAUCCCCAAGAGGCUUCAACCUGUCUGAUGGCCUGGACCUCCACGUUGGUGCCAACGAGAAGGCCACCAUGCAGAACCUGAACGACCGCCUGGCCUCCUACCUGGAGAAGGUGCGCACCCUGGAGAAGGAGAAUGACCGCCUGGACAAGCAGAUCAGAGACUGGUACCAGACCAGAACUGUUAUCAGCCAUGACUACACCCGUUACUUCGUCAUCAUUGAUGACCUGAAGGACAAGAUCCGUAUCGCCUCCAGGCUCAACGCCAAGACCAUCCUGGACAUUGACAAUGCAAAAUUGGCUGCUGAUGAUUUCAAAAUGAAGUAUGAGAACGAGCUGGCAAUGAGAAUGGCAGUGGAGGCAGAUAUUGCUGGACUGAAGAGGGUGCUGGAUGAGAUGAACCUGGCCAGGAUGGAUCUGGAGAGCCAGUAUGAGGCCCUGAAAGACGAGCUCAUCAUGCUGAAGAAGAAUCACGAAGAGGAGAUGAUUCUGCUCAGGAGUCAGAUGGGCGGACAGGUCAAUGUGGCAGUGGACGCUUCUCCCUCCGUAGACCUUAACAAGACCAUGUCAGAGAUCAGGGAACACUACGAGGGUGUCAUUGGCAAGAACCGCAAGGAACUCGAGUCGUGGUACCAGAACAAGAUCGCUGCAGUUGAACAAGAGGUCAUCACACAAACAGAGACCCUGACAACAUCCCGCACAGAGAUUAAGGACCUGAAGAGCACCCUCCAGAGGCUUCAGAUUGAACUGCAGUCCCAUAUGAGCAUGAAAGCAUCUUUGGAGGGCACCCUAGCAGAAACUCAGGCCCGUUAUGCUGCACAGCUAGCAAGUCUCCAGAGCAUGGUCACAGGCCUGGAGGCUCAGCUGUCCCAGCUGCACGCCAACAUUGCCAGCAACAAGCAGGAAUACGACAUGCUGCUGGACCUCAAGACCCGGCUGGAGAUGGAGAUCGCCGAGUACAGGAGGCUGUUGGAUGGGGAGGAUGACAGUACAAAACAAGUGGUCACAAAGGUCAUCACAGUGGUGCAGACAGUUGUGGAUGGAAAGGUGGUGGAGAGCAGCAAGACCGUUGAUGUGGACGUGGAUGAGAUUGAGGGAUAAACUGCUAGGAACAUCAAAAAUCAAUAAAGA